AUGCCAUUGUUCACAUGCUGCAUUCGCUAUGGUGGGAUAGGAAUUCAGUUUUCUUCUAAUAGCAUCACCAUACAUGUUGUUCAGGUGCGUGUUCACUCCUUGAUUGGUAUGAGUGGUUUCUUGUCCACUGGUAAGUGUAUUGACUCAGAUGCUCCGCUAUAUGACUUGUUCUUUGUUUCUCAUCAUAAUCGUCAAAUUAGAGAGGUGGUCUUGGUGUUUUGGAAGGCUCCCUCGGUUCCUUUGUUAAAGGUUAACACCGACGGCUUUGUCAUUGGUAAUCAUGGUGCUUGUGGCGGAUUGUUUCGGGAUCAUUUAGGUACUUUCCUUCAUGCCUUUACCUGUAAUUUGGGUAGUUGCUCUAUUUUUACGGCUGAAGUGCAUGAUUUUAUUCGGGAUAUGGAGUAUGCUGCCCAUAAUGGUGGACGAACAUAUGUCGUUGGGUAUAAUGGAUGUUCUCUUGGAAUUCAGGUUAUUUCCUCUUAUAUUUUCCGUAAAGGUAAUUGUUGUGCUGAUAGGUUGGCUUCUAUGGGUCACUCGGUUGAUGGGGAUGUGUGGUUGUUAGUUUUACCUCCUGAUUUACAGGCGGAGUUUUAUUCGGACCGUUGUGUUCUACCUCGGUAUAGGUUUCCGUAG